UCCGCCUCGAAUCAGGCAGCCUAUUGGACAUGAGGCCUUCGGACCGCCCCCAGCUUGUUUGGAUUGGCUUGCUGCGCGUUGGCGCAACGGAAGAGGCGGCCUGCCGAGGGUGUUCUUCUGCUCUGGCUGGAUUGCCGCGGAGGAGGCGACGAGGGCACCGGCUUUGGGGGGCUGGCUAGGUCGGCAGCGGUUCCUGCUGCGGAUGGGAGCAGGCCGGCUCGGCGCGCCCAUGGAGCGCCACUGGGGGGUCGCCGCCACCUCCGCCUCGUCGGGCCGGGAGCCGGCGCCCGGGGGCGCCGAUGGGCGGCGGCGGGAGCCACUGCGGCGCCGGGCGAACAGCGCGUCGGCUCCCGCCGUCGGGGCCUCGGCUUCGGCGGAGGGCGUAAGGCGGGACCGGCCCGGCUCUUACAGCGGCGCUACGUCGGCCUCCCGUCAGCGCGUCGAAAGCCUCAGGAAGAAGCGGCCGCAUGUGCAGGAGGUGUGGGAACUCUGGGAUCACAGUGCUUCAUGGCAGUGCCGGGGGAUGAGCUGGAUCUUUGAAGAACUGCUGCUUGCUUUGACUUCCCUCUCCUUUCUCUUCCCUCUUCGACUUCCUAUGUUGAAAUCAUUUUUUCCUUGGUUUGGCUUGGAUAUUGGUGGGACCCUGGUCAAGCUGGUUUAUUUUGAACCCAAAGACAUCACUGCUGAAGAAGAAGAGGAAGAAGUGGAAAGUCUUAAAAGCAUUCGAAAGUACCUGACCUCCAAUGUGGCUUAUGGGUCCACGGGUAUUCGGGACGUGCACCUGGAGCUGAAGGAUCUGACUCUGUGUGGACGCAAAGGCAAUCUGCACUUUAUACGCUUUCCCACUCAUGACAUGCCUGCUUUUAUUCAAAUGGGCAGAGAUAAAAACUUCUCGAGUCUCCACACUGUCUUUUGUGCCACUGGAGGUGGAGCGUACAAAUUUGAGCAGGAUUUUCUCACAAUAGGUGAUCUUCAGCUUUGCAAACUUGAUGAACUAGAUUGCUUAAUAAAAGGAAUUUUAUACAUUGACUCAGUUGGAUUCAAUGGACGGUCACAGUGCUAUUACUUUGAAAACCCUGCUGAUUCUGAAAAAUGUCAGAAGUUACCAUUUGAUUUGAGAAAUCCAUACCCUCUGCUCCUGGUGAACAUUGGCUCUGGGGUUAGCAUCUUAGCAGUAUAUUCCAAAGAUAAUUAUAAGCGAGUCACAGGUACCAGUCUUGGAGGAGGAACUUUUUUUGGUCUUUGCUGUCUUCUUACUGGCUGUACCACAUUUGAAGAAGCUCUUGAAAUGGCAUCACGUGGAGAUAGCACCAAAGUGGAUAAACUAGUACGAGACAUUUAUGGAGGGGACUAUGAGAGGUUUGGACUGCCAGGCUGGGCUGUGGCUUCAAGCUUUGGAAACAUGAUGAGCAAGGAGAAGCGAGAAGCUGUGAGUAAAGAGGACCUUGCCAGAGCGACUUUGAUCACCAUCACCAACAACAUUGGCUCAAUAGCAAGAAUGUGUGCCCUUAAUGAAAACAUUAACCAGGUGGUAUUUGUUGGAAAUUUCUUGAGAAUUAAUACGAUCGCCAUGCGGCUUUUGGCAUAUGCUUUGGAUUAUUGGUCCAAGGGACAGUUGAAAGCACUUUUUUCGGAACACGAGGGUUAUUUUGGAGCUGUUGGAGCACUCCUUGAGCUAUUGAAGAUCCCCUGAUUGUUACCUGGGGAGGGGUUCCUGGAACCUUCCACAAUGGGAUCUGUGGACUUGUUUUUUUAAGAGACUUACUCAGUUUUAUGAUUGUGUACUACCUGAAUCAAAGCGAGAAAGGACAAAUGUAUUUUUCUAAGUCAUCAAGAUAAAUCUUAAUAACCAGUAAGGAAAGAUAUAUAUUAAAAAAAAAAAAGUGGACCAUG